AUGAAUAGUGAUUCUCAGAACCCAAACACCGUAACCAAUCAAUCAAAUAUUUCUGGAAAUAUAGCUGGUAGUGGUACUGGAGUCAAUACUAUUUCACCAACAAGUAAUCUUAAUGCUUCAUUACUAACUGGAGAUGGAUGGCCUAGUAGAAAAGAAGACUAUGAAUUAUUAGAACCUAUUGGUGUUGGAGCAACAGCUACAGUUUAUAAAGCUAAAUGUAAAACUAGGAAUGAAUUUUGUGCUAUUAAAUGUAUUAAUCUUGAAAAAUGUUCAACAUCUGUUGAUGAAUUGUAUCAUGAAAUUCAAGCUAUGUCUCAAUGUCAUCAUCCUAAUGUUGUCAACUACUACAAGUCUUUCGUUAUUGAUGAAGAAUUAUGGGUUGUUAUGAAACUUUUAGGUGGUGGAUCAAUGUUAGAUAUUCUUAAGAGACGUAUUAAAGCUAUUGGUAAAGAACAAGCUAUGAUGGGUGUUUUAGAUGAAAGUACAAUUGCAACAGUUUUGAAAGAAGUUCUUAAAGGUCUUGAAUAUUUUCAUAAUACUGGGCAUAUUCAUCGUGAUAUUAAAGCUGGUAAUUGUCUUAUAGCAGAAGAUGGAUCUGUUCAGUUGGCAGAUUUUGGUGUUUCUGGUCUUAUUGCAUCAAAUAAUGGUGAUAUGUCGAGGCAAAAAUUAAGACACACAUUUGUUGGUACGCCAUGUUGGAUGGCACCUGAAGUUAUGGAACAAGUAUCUGGAUAUGAUUUUAAAGCUGAUAUAUGGUCAUUUGGAAUUUUAGCUAUAGAAUUAGCUACUGGUACAGCUCCAUAUCAUAAAUAUCCACCAAUGAAAGUGUUAAUGUUAACAUUACAAAAUGAUCCUCCAUCAUUAGAUACAAAUGCUGAAAGAAAAGAUCAAUAUAAACAAUAUGGAAAAAGCUUUAGAACAAUGAUUAAAGAUUGUUUACAAAGAGAUCCUUCAAAGCGUCCCACUGCCACUGAACUACUAAAAUAUUCAUUUUUUAAAAAAGCUAAAGAUAAAAAAUAUCUUGUAAACACAUUAAUUGAAAAUUUAAGUCAAGUUCAAUUACCUACUAUACCAAAUAAACAUGAAGAAGGUGUUAAACGUGUUGCUAGUGGAAGGCUGAAAAAAGAUAAAGAUGGUGUUUGGAACUUUGAACCUGAUGUUGAAGGAAAUGAAAAUGAGGAAGCAAAGGGUAAUCAAUCUGAGAAUAAAGAUGAAGAUGAAUACGAGGGUGAAAGUGAUGAAAAUACAAUUAAUUUGGUCUUACGUAUACGUAAUCAACAACGUGAAUUAAAUGAUAUAAAAUUUGAUUACACCCCAAAUGUUGAUACAGUAGAAGGAAUUUCUCAUGAACUGGUAGGAGCUGAAUUAAUAAAUGGACAAGAUAUGGUUAUAAUAGCGGCAAAUUUACAAAAAUUGAUUGAUUCCACCCUUGCUGGUGAGGAUCGACGCCAAGUAACAUUUGCCUUAAAUUCAGGUGUUUCAGCAAAUGAAAUUCCUGAUGAGAAAUCGUUAACUGGCUUUGCACAAAUAUCUCUUGUUGAUAAUUGA